GUCUGCCUCUCCCUCUCUCCCUGUCUGUGUGUCUCUCCCUCUCUCCCUGUCUGUGUGUCUCUCUCUCCCUGUCUGUCUCUCCCUCUCUCCCUGUCUGCCUCUCCCUCUCUCCCUGUCUGCCUCUCCCUCUCUCCCUGUCUGCCUCUCCCUCUCUCCCUGUCUGUGUGUCUCUCCCUCUCUCUCUGUCUGUUUGCCUUCUCAUGAAGCUGUCGCCAUGCCAUUUGGGUGCCUUGCCUUGCGGGAGGGACGGAACUACAACAGCCUAUCAGAAAUCACUGACAAGUACGAGAUUGGACAAGUGCUGCGAGCGAAGGAGUUCUGUGAGCUGUGCCUGGCGAAGGACAGACAGACGAACAAGGUCUUCGGCUGCAAGAAAUUCAUCAAGAAAGACGGACGCAAAGUCCGCAAGGCGGCCAAGAAUGAGAUCAUGAUCCUGAAGAUGGUCAAGCACCCCAAUAUUCUUCAACUCAUUGACACUUUUGAGACCAAAAAGGAAUAUUUCAUUAUACAGGAACUUGCCAGCGGAGGAGAUGUGUUCGACUGGAUCCUGGACCAGGGAAACUACACAGAGCGAGACGCCUCCCGGGUCAUCAAGCAGGUUCUGGAGGCCGUGGCGUACCUGCAUUCACUGAACAUCGUCCACAGAAACCUCAAGCUGGAGAACCUGAUGUACUACAACCACAACAAUCACAACAAGGUGGUUCUACGGGAUUUCUACCUGUCCUGCUUUGAGAAUGGCUCCAUCACUGAGCCCUGCGGCACCCCGGAGUACCUGGCUCCAGAAGUUGUAGCCCGACACAGAUACGGUCGCCCUGUUGACUGUUGGGCGGUGGGCGUCAUCAUGUACAUCCUUCUGUCGGGAAACCCUCCUUAUUACGACGAGACGGAAGAAGAGAACACAGACCUCCACAAUCGCUUCAUUUUCUGCAAGAUCGUGGCGGGGGAGUUCGAGUUCGAUUCUCCUUACUGGGAUGACAUCUCACCUGCAGCCAAGGCGCUGGUGUGUCGAUUGAUGGAAGUGGACCAGUUGCUGCGGAUCUCUGCGCAGGACGCUCUGUGUCAUGAGUGGAUCGCUGGGGGCGGAGCAUCAGAGAAGAAUCUGAAGGAUGGCGUCUGUGCUCAGAUCGAGAAGAACUUUGCCAAAGCAAAAUGGAGGAAAGCAAUCCGAGUCACCACCUUCAUGCAGAGACUCCGCACCCCGAGGAGUUCCAUGAGCGUCUCUCACGAGGUCACCAUCGAGAACCUUCCGGAACCUUCGGAGAACCAGCAGUCGCACAAGCCCCCCGCCAUGCUGAUUCUGAGCCCUUCCGUCGGCCUGUCUCCCACAGCUACCAUGGGUAACCUUCCAGAUCACUCCAACCCCCCUCCUCUCCCCCCCCAGCCCUCCCCCGCUCGGCCAAACCUUCCAGAACCCAAGAGCAAAGCCGCUCCGGGAGAGACCAGCUCUUGGAAAAUGGCAGCCGUUCUAGAUCACGGAAGUGAGAACAAGGUUCCAGAUCAAACCAAGCCCUCGCUUGCCAAGGUUCUAGAUCGCAAGGAGCCCAGAACGGCCAUCGCUAUUCUAGAUCACAAUCGGGAGGAGAAGACGACGGGCUGUCACGAUCACAGUGAGAGGAAAUCCACUCCAGAUCAAAGCCAGAGUAAGAAGGUCAUUGUUCUUGAUCAGAGUGAGGAUAGGAAAUUGCAUGGGGUUCCGGGUCAAACGGAGAGGAAGUCUCCUGCCGCUUUAGAACAGCGCAAAAUGACAGCUGUUCUAGAUCGGAGAGACAAGGAACCGGGCCACACUCAAGAUCAGGGUGACAAAAAAUCGCUUCUAGAUCAACACCGGGGAGAGAUGGCUGUCUUUCAAGAGCAGGACAAGGCAAAAAUGACUGACAGGGCAGCUGCUGCUAGCGUUCUAGAUCAGAAGCCAGUGAUCACCGUUCUAGGUGAAGACAAGUGGAAAAUGGACACAGUGAUAGAACAAAUCGAGAAGCAGAUGGCAGCCGUUUUAGAGAAGAUUGAAGGGGAAAUGCCCUCCCUUCUAGAGCAGAUCAGCGACAGGCGAGAUUCAGAAAGGGAGCUAGGUUACAGGCAUUCUGUUCUUGAUCACUCACCGUCAGUCUCAGAGCAGAGGGAGAGGCAUGUUCUAGAUCACAGGAGCCCAUUUUUAGAUCGGAGGCAGGUUCUAGAGAGAGGGGGUGGAGCGGGUGGGUCUAGACCCAGCCUCCCACGCCUCACCAUUGUCCCAGCAGCGGACUCCCACUCCGAGGAGCCAAUCACACACGAGGACGGCGGAGCUGACAGCAACAGGAGCCAAUCAGAGAGGGAGCAUGUCUAGGGAUGAAAGCAGCGACUGAGAAGGCAGAGCCACGCAUUUUUAAUGUGGGGAAAAAAAUACAAAUCUACUUUCCUAUUGCUUUUCCUUUAUCGACUGAGCAGCUUCUUGCUGUGAUUUCUGCAUUCUGUAUUCUCAAAUUCUUUCAAUAAAACUUUG